ACACACAAACAUUGAUGAAGAAGUUUUAAACUCUAUGCUUGAGAUUGAUGUUUACCAGGCCUCAAUUUCAGUUGACCUUAAUGUAAAAUCCAUACAUGGCAUGAAUCAAAUCCAGGGUACUGCCACUCAGGCAUUAGCAGGUCCCUCUCAUGUCAGUUGUACCAAUCCAGGUUUAAUGUCACAUAAAACAGAACUCAUGGGCGCAACCAGCUUUAUUCAGGUGUCACAUGACUCAACUUUUGAGCAGAUAGAUGUUCAAAAAGUAGAUAAUGCUAUGUCAGUUAUACCAGGAGCUGAGUACAGCUUUGAGAAAACACUGUCAUUCAGACAGAAUGAACCUGAAAAUGGAGUUGUGGUCUCUGUAGAGUCUACACCUGAGAUUGAAGCAUCCAGUUAUAGAUCCUGUUUACCAGAAUCCACUUCUGAAACUAUUUGUGAACUUCAUAGCUCAGUUCAUGAUAGAUCAUCUUCACCUGAAUGUGUGACUGAUAAAACAAUAUUACUGACAGAGAGUGGGGCCUCAUCACCUGAAUCAGUGCCAUCAGUAAAUGAGCUGAAUUUUCUUGCACCUAAUUCUCCCAUACCUCAAUUUAGGCCCUUGUCUCCGCUACCACCUCUUGUUUUUCCAUGGGAAACUGGCGAUGUUGGGGCUUCUGCCCAGGGGCAACCAUUACUGAGUGCACCAGGCGGCACUUCUAUGCUGUUAACACCAGAAGCAGAGGAAAGGCCAUUAACACCAAUGGUUUCAAACAAAAGACCAUUUGGAACGCCAGUAUCACUAGGCAGUGAAUAUAGUGGUGAGAGAUACACAUCACCUCAAUCAAACACCUUCGACAUAGAUGACAGAGCAUCGUCACCUGAGUCUGUCAUUUUAGAAACGGUGCAGUGGUUUCUUACAUCCUCUGAACAUGUGACUCUGUCUCCUGAUUUCGAUGAGAUGAGACCAUUAUCUCCUGAAUCCAUCACUGCUCAUUAUCGGAUCCCACCAGACUCCCCUAUCCCAGAAUUUAGACAAGUAUCUGAGUCUUUUACAACUUGUCAAUGUAGAUCAUCAUCACCUAAGUCAGUGUCAUCAGAUAUGGAAUUUGAAACAACACUUUUGUUAUCAACGCUGUUUGAAGACAGGCCAACAUCCCCAGAAUCUGUAGUAUCUGUAAACGAAUAUAAAGCAUUGUCACCUGAUUCACCUAUACCUGAAUUCAGUCACAACUGGCCUGGUUCAGCUAUUGUAAUGAUAGGGGAGAGAUCCACUUCACCUGAAUCAGGUUGCACAGAUGUAGAAUAUGGCUCUGGAGUUGAGUCUGAAUCUGUUUUACCUGUUGUUGGGCAUAGAUCACCCUCCCCUGAAUCAAUUGAAUCUGCAGAGAUAGCGUGUGAUUCCAUACCUGCUGAUCAUAGAACAAAAUUACCUGAAUUAUCAGUAUCUGAUACAGAGAACAAACUACCAACAUCAGUGGAAUCAGUAUCUGAGUAUGAUGAUGAUUGGGUUGUUAUAUUUUUGUCUGAUACUGAGGAAAGACCACUUUCACCAGAGCCGGUGCCUGACGACACACCAAUGUCUCCACAGUCAGCUAUGAUAGACAUUAGAGCAUCCUCUCCUGAAUCAGAAACAUUUAAUGAGUGUCUGUCUCCAGAUUCUUCCAUACCACAAUAUAUGCCAUCUCUGCAUCAUGCUGUUACUAUAAAUGAUCAUUCAUCAUCACCAGAAUUUGAGUUGUCAGAUACAAAACAUGAGGCCAUGCCAUCGCUAUCAUAUUUUGAGAAUAGGCCUUUAUCUCCUGAUUUUAGUGGUUCUGUAAGUGAUUGUGGGCCAUUGCCUAAUCCUGUAACUGACCUAACUCUUGAGGAUGACAUGACACUUGAACCAACAGGAGCAACAAUUUUUGUAGAAGCAUAUGCUGAAAAGCAGUUUGAAACAAAAACAAACAUAGUUGUUGAUCUAGAAAAGUCAAAAAUUUCAACAUGUAUUUCGUCAAAAUCUGAAGAAGAAAAUCUUAUGAAACAUAAUGAAACUGAAGCCCCCAAAACAAAAUCAGUAGUACUUGAUGGCAGUCAGUCUAACAAAAACAUUGUCACAGCACCAGCAGAACCUGAGGUCUUGUCAACUGGACAUCAUAUACCUUUUUCUUUAACAGAAUAUUCAGUGCCAGUCUACAGUUUAGCGUAUGAUGCAGAGCUUUGGAAGCUCAUCUCUCAAAUUCGUGACCCACAGUAUGUAGGAGAAACCUUCAUGAGUAAAACAGGUGUGUGUCAGUUUGCUGGAACAAGCACAGAGUUUUAUCGGACAAAGUCAGAUGUGACAGUUGAAGAUGAAGCGGCUGUUUCAUCAACAAGAGCGGCAAGAUCACUUUCACCAGAUUGUGAAGCAGAAUAUAGCCCCAAGUCACCACAAUCGCUGUUGGUGCCGGAUGCAUUUAAACCAGAUUCCUCCCACUCAGGGAGAUCUGUUGAUAGUCAGAGAGCUUUAACACCAGAUUCCCCUAUUCCUCAUUACUUUGCCUCUUUCUCUGGACUUUCUCAAGUUUAUCACAGAUUAGUGUCAACAGAGUCAGUAUUGUCAGAUCUGGAUCUGGAGACUGAUUUAAACAUUUCAUUUCUUUUUGAGGACAGACCAGCAUCUCCUGAUUCAGUAGCAUCUGUAAACAUAUGCAGGGAACUAUCACCUGACUCACCAAUUCCUGAGUUUAGACCGCCUUUACCAGAAUCAGCUGUAAUUACUAGAUUGGAUCGGUCUUCAUCACUUAAAUCAAUAUCCUCUGAUCUAGAAUGCGUGUCUGUCUCUUUGUCAUUAUUAUUCACUGCGAACAGACCGUCAUCCCCAGAUUCCAUUGAUGAAGACAGACCCCUUUCAUCUGAGUCACCCAUUCCUGUGUUUGGACAGGCUUUGCCAGAAUCUGCUGUUUGGAGUACAGUGGAAAGAUCCUCGUCACCUGUUUCAGUUUGUUCAGAUUUAGAAUAUGGGGCUAUGUCUCUGUCACAACUGUCCUCUGAAGUGAGACCAUCCUCACCUGAUUCAGUAGUUUCUGGAGAUGACUACAGAGGUGACUCACCAAUACCAGAAUUCGACACAGGGCUGACUGAAUCAGUUUCAGUCAUUGCUCAUAGAACAUCUUCUCCUGAGUCAGUGGUUUCUGAUGUUGAAUAUACACAAUCAAGUGUAGACAUAAGUAUUUGCGAGCAAAGACCUGACUCACCGGAAUCACAAGUAUCGGAGACCACAGAGAGACCAGUGGGUGGUAGUAGUCAAACUUCACCUCUAAAGGCAAUACAGGUGCCAGUAUAUAGACUUGUUUAUGAUGCUGAACUUUGGAAGCUCAUUUCUCAAAUACGUGAUCCUCACUAUGUAGGGGAGACUUUUUGCAGUAAAACCGGUGUUUUCGAGUAUGCUGGAACAAGAAUUGAGUACAUUCUGGUGGAUUCAGAUGUGAAAGAGGGCGAGUUAGAGGACGGUGUGAAGUUGGACAUUGCAGAUUCAUCUGGUACAGAUUUUCUACAAGCAAUGCAAACAAAGAUAGAGGAGGAAGAGAGACCAGUGUUGCCUGAUUCAGAAUACAGGCCUAUAUCACCUGGGGAACUGAUAUUAGUAAGUGCAUUCAGGUCUGAUUCUCCAGAGUCUUUAAAAGACUUGUCUAGAGAUUCCCUAGUUCCCCAUUUGUCCUUUGAAUUUGCUAACAUUGCACAAUUGCCAUAUUCACCAAAAUCAGCUGUGCCAAAUGAGGAAUCAGACCUUUGCAUGCCCUGGCUUUUCAACGAAAACAGACCUUCAUCACCUAGUUCAGUAAUAUCUGCAGAUGAAAACAGAGCAUUAUCACCUCACUUGCUCUUACCAGACUUCAGACUUGCUGUACCUGAAUCAGUUACAGCUACUGUUGGGUACAGAUCCUCUUCACCAGAGUCAGUACUUCCAGAUUCAGCUUCAGAGGCCUUUACAGACCAGAGAGCAGACUCACCUAAAUCAGUUGUUUCCAUGCUUGAAGAAAGGCAAUUGGCUGCUGGAGCAACAUUUAGAGCAAAACAGCUGAUAUGUCAAGUAUAUGACCCCCAUUAUGUAGGAAAAGCCUUUGUAAGCAGAGCUGACGUGUUUGAAUACGUGGAGAAUAGUAAACAAUAUGUUCCCCUUGAUUCAGAUGCAGAAGAGACACGUAGGCUAAUGUCACCUAACUCUGAGGCAGAAUACAGACCUCUCUCACCUGAGGCCCUGAGGUUACUGAGUGUUCUGAAGUCUGAUACCCAGGAGACAGGCAACUCUGUGGAUGAAUAUAGACCUUUGUGUCCAGAUUCACCCAUUUUACUUCCUGAAGCUCCAGUGGAACAUCACAGGGCACCAUCUUCUGAAUCUGUGUCAGAUACAGAUCAAAUUGAGCAAUUUGAUGUUGCUGCUUCAUCUACUGAGUCAAGGUUAUCAUCUCCUGAAUCAGAAGGAUCACUAAGCAAACAUAGGCCUCUGUCUCCUGACUUACCAGUGCCUGACUGUAGGCUGGAGUUACAGAACUCUCUUGCUUUAGUUGGUGGAUAUAGAUCAUCCUCACCUGAAUCAGGUGCCUCAGAUCUUGUGGAUUGUGGCAUUCAAGAAAGACCAGAUUCUCCUGAUUCAGUGACAUCUGAAAUUAACAUGAGGCGACUCUUACCAGAAUCAGUGACAGAAUAUAGGCCUAUGUCACCUCAGUCACUGAUUAUAACAACAGAAUUAAGAACAUCUCCUGUUUCAACAAGAACAGUUAAUGAGUGUAGGACUUUAUCAGCAGAUUCUCCUCUACCACAGUUUAGGCAAUAUAUACCUGAUUCACCCAUAUCUGAAUUCAGACAGGCUUUACUUCACCAAACUAUUUCAACUGCUAAAUACAGAUCUACAUCACCUGAGUCAGUUUGUUAUUCAGAUAUAGAGUAUAAAGAUGAAUCAUUUGUAUCAGUAUCCGAUGAUCGUAGACCUCCAUCACCUGAUUCAGUGGCAUCCGGAGAUGAACGGCAGGCCGUGUCUCCAGAUUCACCUGUACCUCAAUUCAUAGCAAGAGUAGUCAAAUGUUUUCCGUCGUUUGUUGGGUUUAGGUCAACAUCUCCUGAAUCAGCUACAUCAGAUGGUGAGUAUGCACCUUUGAUUGAUUCCCCACCUGAUACUGAAGAAAGACCAGAUUCUCCCGAGUCAUUAGAACUAGAAGUUGAAGAGAGACCUCUGUCUCCUGAUUCUGAAUCAGAGUAUAAGCCUUUCUCACCUACAUCACUCAUGUUAAUGUCGAAUUUCAGAUCAUCCUCUCCUGAAUCAUCUGUCUCUCUGAAUAAAUUUAGAGCUCUUUCACCAGAUUCCCCUAUUCCAGAGUUUAGACAGGUGCUACAAGAGUCCUUAAACACAUACAUGGAAUAUAGGUCCUCUUCACCGGAGUCAGUGUUGUCAGAUUUGGAAGUGGAAAUGGAAUUACCUUUCUCUAUGUUAUUAGAGGACCGACCUUCAUCUCCUGAGUCUCUAGCAUCAGUCAGUAAAUACAGAAGACUCUCGCCUGAUUCUCCUAUACUUGAGUUCAGACCAGCUUUGCCAGUUCCCUGUGCUGAUGUCUACACUUACAGGUCAUUAUCACCAGAAUCAGUGGCAUCAGAUGCUCCACUGAUGUCUCAGCUGUUUGAAGUCGAGGGGAGGACAGAUUCUCCACAGUCAAUCUUGUCUUUCUAUGAAUGCCAGUGUUUGUCUCCAGACUCCCCAGUACCUCAAUACACCUAUACUGAACCUCCCAUGGUGACAAUAAUGUAUAGAUCAAAAUCACCUGGGUCAGUAUAUUCAGAUGAGGAUUUGGAGACUGAUUUGUGUAUCCCUUGGCUUUUUGAGGACAGAGCAGCAUCUCGUGGUUCAGCUGCAUCCAAAGAUGAAUUUAGACCUCUUUCGCCAGACUCACCCAUUCUUGAAUUUACACAGGCAUUACAAGAGUCUUCUGUAUCACAUAUGGACUUAAGGUCUUCUUCACCUGAAUCAGUGUUGUCCGAUUUGGACAUGGAAAUUGAGUUAUCUUUCCCAAUGAUCAGAGAUGACCGACCUUCAUCUCCUGAGUCCUUAGAAUCUAAAUACAGAGGACUUUCUCCUGAUUCCCCUGUACCUGACUUCAGACAGGCUUUUCUAGAUACAUAUCCUGAGUUUAAUGCUUACAGGUCAUUGUCACCGGAAUCAGAGGCUUCAGAAAUAGAAUAUGCUCCUUUGAUUUCACAGAUGUCUGAAUUUGAGGACAGAACAGAAUCCUGUCAAUCAGGGGCGUCUGACUCUGAUCUUAGAUGUUUGUCUCCUGAUUCUCCGCUACCCCAGUACACCAUGAGUGCACCCACUAUGUUAGGAGUAAGAUACAGAUCCACAUCACCUGAAUCAGUAUAUUCAGAUGACGAUUUAGAGACAGAUUUAUGUAUCCCAUGGCUUUUUGAGGACAGAGCAGCAUCUCCUGGUUCAACUGCAUCCAAUGAUGAAUUUAGGCCUCUUUCACCUGACUCACCCAUUCCUGAAUUUAGAGAGGCACUACAUGAGUCCACUAUAUCCCUCAUGGACUUAAGGUCCACUUCACCUGAAUCAGUGUUGUCAGAUUUGGAAAUGGAAUUACCUUUCCCAACAUUCUUGGAAAGCAGACCUUCAUCUCUUGACUCUCGAGCAUCAAUCAGACUUUCACCUGAUUCACCUGUACCUGACUUUAUGCAACCAAUGUUUGAAAUCCCUGAAACUAUUUUUGGACAUAGGUCAGCAUCCCCCGAGUCAACAUGUUCUAAUAUAGAAUACAUCGUUAUAAGCCUAGGAUCACCAGUUUAUGGCAAUAGACCCUCUUCACCUGGCUCAGGAACAUCUGGAGAUGAAUACCAGGCUUUGUCACCAGACUCACCAAUACCUGAAUACACCCCAUCAAUGCCUGAACAUGUUAAUCUGAAUGUUGGAUAUAGAUCACCCUCCCCUGAAUCCAUUGAAUCAGAUACUGAGUAUGCUUUGAGUGCAUUUUUGAUGUCUAUGAAUUAUGGUGUUGAGGAUAGACCGGAUUCUCCUGAAUCAGUAGGAUCAGAAGUACAAGAGAGACAACUAUCAGUUGAAUCCAUACCAGAAUACAAACCUUUGUCACCUAUGGCAUUGAUGUUACUUGGAAACAUCCAAUCAGUAUCUCCAGAAUCUACUCAAUCACUUGAUGAACACAAGAGGUUGUCUCCAGACUCACCUCUUCCUUGGUUUACACAAAACGUUCUUGACACUACGACAGCAGGAACAAACAAUGGGUGUUCCUCACCAGAAUCAGUAUUGUCAGAUAUGGAAUGUGGAUUUGCUUCAUAUGACAUAGAAGUAACUGAAAUGAGACCACCAUCACCUCAGUCAAAGAGAUCAGAUGAUGAUUGUAAACCUCUGCUUUCUGAAUCACCAAUACCGGAUUUUACAAAGACAUUGGUAGAAAAUCUCAUGACUGUGAGAGACGUAUCACCUACUGAAGUUUCAGAUUCAGAUGAUUUGUCACAAACUUUAGACCCAUUUUAUACAGAAGAGAGAUCAGCAUCACAAGAUUCUAUUGAAUCAGAUACAGAAAAAUUACUGUUGGCAUUCAAAUCAUCAAUAACUGAAUUAAAUGUCCCAACUGCCAAUGAAGCAACCGCUGAUAGCGUCACAGUAGCUGAGUAUAACCUCAUUUAUGAUGUAGAGCUGUGGAAGCUGAUUUCUCAAGUACAUGAUCCUCAGUAUGCAGGAGAAACUUUCAGCAGUAAAAGAGGGUUUAUGCAAUUUAUUGGCAGCACAAUAGAAUAUCAAAGGAAUGUUCCUGAUGAUAAACAAGACAAUAAAGUAAAAGAUAAAAAUGAGCAAGAUGCCAUUGCCACAGUACCAUCAGUGUCACCUCCACCAAUGAUUGAACACAUUUCAUCUUCAGGAGCAGUUCCAUACAGACACACUAAGUACACAUUUGAAAUACCUGCCCCUGAGGCACAAACAGAGUCUGAUGAUGAUUGGGUGGUUGUAUCAGUAUCUGACGCAGAGGAUGAUGAUCUACGCUAUUCUCCAGUAUCCUUGAUAGACUACAGACCCAUGUCCUCUAAUUCAGUCAUGGCGAUAGAAGCAAGAGCAUUAUCACCAGAAUCUGUAACAUCAGUCAAUGAGUUUAGACCACUCUCAACAGAUUCCCCCUUACCUGAAUUUACAAUGACAUUGCCAGAAUGCGUAAUGUUCCGGAGAUCAGCAUCAUCUUCACCUGAAACUUUAGCAUCAGAUAUAGAUUAUAUGCCAUUUGGAAAUUUGGAAUCUCAGUUUGCAGAAUGCAUGCCAUCAUCUCCAGAAUCUGCACUGUCAGAGGAUCAGAAUGAGAGAGACAGGCCGUUGUCAUCUCAGUCACUGCCUGAAUACAGACCUUUGUCACUUGAAUUGGCUGACAGAAGAGCAUCAUCUCCAGAAUCAAUGCCUGAGUUGAAUGAGAACAGAUCACUGUCUCCAGACUCUCCCAUCCCUCAGUUUGCAGUAUCAUUGGAGGAGUACACCCCUACACAUAGGGCAUCAUCACCUGAAUCAGUGGGUUCAGAUUCAGAGUGCGAGCUUAUGGUCACAUCAUCAAGAGUCGCUGAGACUGACAGACCAUCCUCACCUGAAUCCAUAUCAUCUGUCAAUGAGUUCAGACAAUUAUUGCCUGACUCACCAGUACCAGAGUUUAUGAGAAUAUUGUCGUCUUAUUUUAUGGAUACUAACCAUGUUGAUAGAUCAUCUUCACCAGUGUCUUUGUCAUCAGACUCUGAGUUUGUUGCUUUACCUAUUGAUUGUUGGAUUGAUGAUAGCCCAAGGCCACUAAGUCCUCAAACUGUCGAGUCAGAGGAGGAAUUCAGCUUUUGUUUUGAGGGGACUGAUAAGUCUGUCUCUAAGCCAGAAUUUCUGAUUCAUGUGACAUCUCCUUUAUUGCCCGAUCAGUCUUCAUUACUACCUCACAAAAGGCCAUUGGCUGUGUCACCAUUACUAAUUCAAACUAGUCAGACAAAGUUUAAGGAAAGACAUGUCAAUCCUGACUGGCAAAAAAUGACAGGACCACAAUCAGAAGUUUUGUCUUACGGUAAAUGGAUGCAGCAUGGAUCAGAAGCUGAAAGUAUCUCAACUUCACAAACCCCUGUUUGUGAGGAAGACUUCCAAAAAGACUCUCCCGUGAAGCCAUCACCAGUUCAAGAUGCAAAAAGAAAGGAAAAGAAGAUCCUACACAUCAGUGCUGGAGAACUAAAGAGCAAGACAGCCUCACAAAUGGCUCCUUCUCAGACACCAGAUGAAGCACAGUUUCAUACAGACAAUGAGCUGAAAAGCAAGCUGUUGUCUGCUACAACAGUGACACAAGACGCCAGUAAAAUAGAUGUGCUGUUCACUGAUGACAAGCCAAUGAAAUCAGUUCCUCUACAGCUACCUGACCAGAACUCAUAUACAACCCACAGAACUGUUACUCCAGUUCUAACUGCAUCUGAGAAGAUAUCAUGUCUAAAGUCAGACAUAUUGCAUGAGUACUCAGAGUGGGAGUUGUCCCCUAAGAAAGCACAGUCCAGUGAGCUUUUUUCACCCAUGUCAACUCAGUUUUUGGUGCCACCAGAUUAUAAAGCAGUAUUUUCAGGACAUCAGACCCUGAGAGUUUCUGAAUGUAGCCAAACCUCCAUGAAUGAUUUAAGUCCAGUGUCUCCAGUGUUCAGUGACUCCAUUUCAGCUCAGGUUGUGACUGAAGCCACUACUAAGGGAGAGUCUGAAAAUGCUGAAGACUUUGAGUUUUCCCCAGACUUUAACAGAGUUUGUUCAGAAUUUGAGAAAACGGUAUCUGAAUUUGAAUCAGACAAUCCAAAGGAACUCAGUAAGGGAUCGGAAUCUCCACAGUACUCUGACUCGGAUCUGGAAUUCUUUGACUGCAGACAAGCCUUCUCUGACGUCUCUGAACCAGAAGAAGUGAAACUGGAACAUGAGAUUACCUAUCAUAUCUCCGAGCCCCCGUCCCCAAUGCCUGGGAGUAGCCCUGAUGUCAGCUUCCUGAAAGGGAGCCCUCAGUACACUGCUCACCCUUUCCUCCAAGUGGAAGAUUACAAGCGCUUCUCUUCUGGCAGUGAAAGUCUCUGUGAAUUUGCUUAUGAUUCAGAGGGUUCACCGAGGUGUCGAACAGGGGGCAACCUCCCCGUGUGUGAGGAGCUUCUUUCCAGAGAUCAGGCAGGGUAUUUUGAUGAUGACGACUUCCUGGGAAGGGAGAUAGCAGAGGAGCUAGGGUUGCUGUCAUCUGAUAGCUCAGAGGAGGAGGUGCUGACCACCAGGGUGGUCCGACGCAGAGUUAUCAUUCAGGCCGAUAACCUACCAGAUAUCCCACCACAGACUGUAACAGAGGAGAAGUACACAGAUGAGCAUGGCAACAUGGUUGUUAAGAAAAUCACACGGAAGGUGAUUCGUAAAUAUGUGUCAGCAGAUGGCAUGGAGACACAGGAAGUGACCAUUGAGGGAUCUCACCAGGAGACGGUGCAGGUCGAGGAGGGAGACGCAGUCUCCAGAGUGGUGAAGAGAACUGUGCUUCACAGUGAGGGAGAUCAGAAAGAGUUGACCUUCUCGGAGCCCCUGGCCCUGGGUACCGCCACAUCAUCAGAGUUCGAGGUGGAGCCAGUACAUGGUCGAAAGGUCAGCAAGGUUGUCAAGACAACGGUGGUGAGAGGCGAGAGGAUGGAGAAGCAGACUGGAGACCCCUCACUUGCUGCAGAUCUCCCCUCGGCCAGAGAGGACUUUGAGAAGAAGCCAGAUGCGUAAGUCGCGAACCCAGAAGAGGACUGUGGUGAGGGAUGCCCAGGGGAAGCGCGUGCACCUGGAGCGUCUGGAUGACAACCCAGACGCCGUGCAGCCCGACGCACUGCAGCAGCACCUGCACCGACUGGUCCAACACUAUUGUGAGGACAACCAGGAGGAGGAGGAGGAAGGAGACAAGAAGUAGGAGGAGGAAGAGCACUGACUGAGCAGCUGCUUCCACAGGUCCUCUCCCUUCAUCUUCCACUGAAGCCUUUGGUGACGUAUGCUUCCUCAGAUCAAGAUGUUCCAUAUCCCCUUCUUGUUGUCCUCGCUGAUGACUGGAUUAAAAUAUUUCUUUCUUCCUCUUUUUGUUGACUAAUGGAACAGUAGUUUUGUGUUUUAACACUUUUCCUUCCUUCACAUUGUGUUUCAUUUGCUCUUUUUGUGACCAAAGAUUGCACCCUUCAUUUUUGUCAGAUGAUGAUGAUUUACCUUUUGUGGUGUGGUUAUGAUACGACUCACCAAAGGUGGAUUAAAGUCAACGGGGCAUCUUGGACAUUUCGCCUCACGCACGGGCCUCUUCUUGAAGAACUCUUGUAAACAUUUGUACAUAGAGGAGAUGAAAAAAAUCAUGCUUGGACUGGGGAUAAAAGUCAGAAAAAUUCAAAGCAUUUAAUACAUUAGCCCUCCUAAACCUGCUGUACAUGCACCGAUUCAGCUGGAGAAUGGCCACCGUACAGAUGAGAUUAAUGUUACAUAGAGAACAAAGUGGGAGGAGUGAAUGUGUGUAUCAUCAUGGACUCUUUAUACAACCAAACAUCACCCUGCUGAUCUGUUUGCAAAGGCUGUGUGAUCACACCUUUUGUCUUCCCACGAUGCAUUUGCCCACUUUCGUUUAUGUGUCUGUGCUUCUAAUGUAUGUUGUGCAUUCACAUUUCAUCUGUCACAGAGCUGCCACCUCUGUGUGUAUAUAUAGUGUGUCUCUUGAGAAAGAAGCAGCUCCUCGUAGCUCCCGUCGUCACCCUCCAACUUCACAUGUGCUGCUUCUCCUCACCUCAAAUUGCAGCUGUGCUCCUAUAAUUGUCCUCAUCGAGCCUUUUAAAGGAUAAGGCUAGCUAUAUUGUUCUUGUCAACAAAUCCCAUGUGCAGAGCCAAACCAACAAUGAAUGUAUCUACUAACAAGUAAGUAUUGUGUGCAUAUCAAAGCCUGAUAAGUCUUCUUCCUCUGUGCCAUAGAGCUUCAUUGUUGUCGAAAAACUAUUAAACUAUUAAAAACACAUCAAUGAGCCACACUGUUGCACUGGGUGACAUGUUCCUUCAUUACCAUGAACAUAUUUAGUUAAAAUUAGUGGACAUGUUUAACUUAAAGGUGCACUUCACCUGUUUCGCAUGUGAAAGUUAAAUUACUUGUCAUUGUUAGUAAAACCCAGCCAGUAAAAACAGUUGUAUAGUUCUGUGGCUCUGGAAGAGCUUUGCCUUUUUUGUAUUUAUGUCUUUUGAGUGGAGGCGCUUUGUCAAGUCUGAGAAAAUAACCCUGAUGAUGUCAUUGUGAUGUCAUCAGGUUAUCUCAGCUGGGGGGUUGGAGACUAACAGGAAGCCUGUGUUACAAGCUGUAGGUGUGUUUGUGCUGGCUGGUGUCAGGCAAGGAGGGUCUAAUAAAAAGAUGCAAUUGAGUUGCAUUAUGGGAAAUGUAUUGAUCUUUGGAGUUUGACUCAUACUAGGAACUACGAGUCAGGAUAUCUUGGCCUCUACUGCUUCAAUUUUGACCAUUCCUGUCUCUCACAAGUCCAACAGCUUUAUGGAAGUGCUAAAAUGAAUGGAGUGAUGUUUAAGGUCAUAAAACAUCCUCUUCUAAUGAAGGAUAACAGAAGAGUCUUUUCUUAGAAGAUUUUAGCUUGUCGUUGCUGCCCUGUUGUCUUGCACCAAUUUUGUCUGGCAGUUCUAUUCAAUCAUGUGUGAUGCUGCAAAUCAAUCGCUGUGUGUCGGGCAGAAACUAUAUUUUGGUGUGAACAUAAUGUCCAGUUUUUCCCUAAUACAUUUAGGCUUUUUAAUUAGUUCUGCAAAUUAUGAGGCGUUCACAUCAUAAUCUGUCUAUUCAAUAAUGAAACAAACAUCAAACAUCACUCUAGCUGAUGCUCAUUUCACAAAAAAUGUGUUUCAUUGGUUCCUCACAUCCUCAGUAAUGAAUGCAGUUAACGGAACUGGCACGUACCUACUGACCACUGUAAUUUAUUUUGACUCAAUCCCAGAUACACCGUCCUGUUGCCCCAAAUACUCACUAGGGCACCAACUGUGGAUUAAUCCACCGCUGAAAAUAGUCCCCAACAAAUGCUCUAUGUCUUCCUUUUUGAGUAACAAUUGAAAAAACUACAGUAACCAGCUGUUUUAGGAAAUUACUGAGCCUUUUUAAAAGAUGAAUAUAUAUAUAUAUAUAUAUAUAUAUAUAUAUAUAUAUAUAUAUAUUUGUGAGAUUUAGAUCUUCAGUAGGAACCAAUGGGCUUGGAUCUGAUAGCCACAGACAGGGUAGGGAAGUCAGAAAGUAGUGAGAAACGGACUAACACAUUGUUGAUUUUGGUCUUUUCGUGGGGUUUGUUGACAAUAAUAAAAUAUAGAAUAACACCAGACUUAUCCUUUAAGUUUUUAGACACCACCCAUAACAUAGGGAUGCUUUGCUUUAAUUGCUGUUGCUGAUUUGACUUUUUCUUGUCUGCUAUCACAGGAUUGACACAUCAACUUAAAAUCCAAUAAAAGGCUGACUUCCACUGACUUCAGUUAUCACAUACGAACUUCCUUAUUUAUUUUUUGCCAUCCAUUUGUGAUCCCUGUAUACUCCAGCAGUUGAAGCUGAGAGUGGUGUGUGUGUGUGUGUUUGGGUGGGUGGGUGUGUGUUUGAAUGUGUUCUAAAACUAAAAGUAAAAACAAAUGAAGAUUCUUUUGCCAUCGUAGACAAACAGGAUUUGAUUUGAAAGCUGGUUGAAUUGUGUACAGACUGAUAAAUUAUGUUUGGUGUUCAUCUACAGUUGAGACUUUAUCUAUGUAACAAUACGAUCCUCACGUUGCCAAUUACUUUAAGUGUGAUCCAAUGGAAGAAUAAAAGAAAUGUCAAAAAGAGACCAUUGAUUUGAUAUAUGAGCAUCUUGUUUCCAUUGUGAUAACAAUAUAUACAUAUUAACAGUGCAAAUAUCUAUGCGGGCAUGUAUGACGUUAUCAAAUUAUUACUAAAAAAUAAACCUGAAACGCUAACAAGGCAUAGCAGCUGCAGUGUGUAGCCUACAUGGCAGAACAAUAAAACUGUACAUGUGUCAAA